CAAUGCCAGUUAUCAUGCCCUCCUUACAAGAUAGAUAGAGCUCGAUCACAUGCAGUGUUCAAAGACACCAAUGCUCUGAACAGAGGAAGAGAGAGGAGAGAUGGGCAGCCAUUACAGGUUCAGACUGUCCCAUCUCGUGCCAAACUCUUGGUUCUACAAGCUGAGGGACAUGAAGAGACCCAGACCGCCAAGCCAACCAAGAAGCUCUACAGCUACAAGAACACCAAGGAGAUCAUCAUCAAGCCACUACUACUGCCAUGGAGCCAGCACCCCAAAACCUCUUCCAUUACCCCCUCACCAAUCCUACUCCUCCUACUUACAAGCAAAGAAAAUGCCACCGGAGAAGCUGCGUCUCUCUCCUCUCUGCCUCAGCCCAAGGGCAACAAGCAUCCGAUUCCCCAACGAUCGUCAUCAGUCACCAUCAUCGAGAAGUGCCGCCGCCGCCGUCGUCGACGAUUUUCAAGGCUUGCAACUACGUCCAAUUCGCACAAGGCCAGCGCCGAUCGCGUCGAGAAGUGCGCACCACAGCACGACCGCGAGCAGUACGUGCCCGAGCUCGCCGAGGCUCAGGAGCAGAAGGCUUCGUCUAUCCAGCAGUGGCUGUGGCAGAGUUAGCGCCAGGUGCACUGCUCGCCGGAGAAGCGCGAGGAGGAGCAUCGCCGUCGUGGUGGCGUCGACGGACCCGCACAAGGACUUCAGGGAGAGCAUGGUGGAGAUGAUCGUCGGGACCGACAUGCGUGGAGCAGAGGCUCUGAGGGACCUCCUUGAUUGCUAUCUGUCGUUCAACUCGAGGGAGUACCAUGGAGUAAUCACGGAGGUGUUCAGGGGAAUCUGGCUCCAGAUUAUCCGUGACGGUGUUGAGAUAUGAGGAACAAUUGCGGGCUGUAAAUCAAGUGUUGUUGGGAUGUACAGAUCUGUGAAUAAUGUGUAUGUGCCGCUUGAGUUAUCUGUGUGUGAUAUACUGAUAGUCCUACUUGCUACUGUAUUUGUCAUUGUGUUAAUUUGUAGUGGUAAUAAAUCGAUAUGUGUAACAGUGUAAGGGGCUUUCCGAAAAUAUAUAUUCAACUUUUG